GACGACAAACGACGACGACGACGUUGACGACAUUAGACACUCCAGGCACUUGCUACGACAUACGUAUUCCGCUUCUGCUACUACUUUCGCUAUACCAUGGCAAACUGGGACUACGUCCUCAAGUUUAUAAUUUGUGGAGAUGCCGCAGUUGGCAAGAGCUCCUUAUUAGUCCGCCUAACGGACCAGCGGUUUCUUGCAAAUCCGGAUCCCACACUAGGGGUAGAGUUCGGUUCAAAGCUCAUUUACAUUCCUGAUGAGGACAAGACUGUGAAGCUGCAAUGCUGGGAUACAGCGGGUACAGAGUCAUUUCGCUCGAUAACGCGAUCAUAUUACCGCGGCGCGGCCGGAUGCCUUCUCGUUUACGACGUAACAUCACGAACAAGUUUCGAGAACGCGAGAACGUGGCUGGAUGAUGUACGGGAACACGCGGACCCAAAUCUCACAUGCAUCCUCGUUGGCAAUAAGGUGGACCUGGUUGAGUCAGGCGCACGGCAACGUGAAGUAACAACAGAGCAGGGGGAGACAUGGGCAAGGGACAAUGGAUUAUUGUUCGUUGAAGCGAGCGCGAAAUCCGGCCUCAAUGUUGAGCAGGCAUUCUUCACUGCGUCGAAAGAUAUCCUUGACAAGGUCAAGCGUGGGGUCUUCGACCAGGGCAAGUCUCCUGGCGUCAAGCCGUCGAAACCAAACAACAAUGUUUUGGCAUUAGAAGCACCAAGCGUCAAACAGGGAUGUUGUGGAUAAUGAUGAUAUGCUAUAUUUUGUUCUCUCUUACCCUAGAGCUUCCCUGCUUUCUUCCCUCUGGUUUUUCUUUUUGUGUAAUCGAUCGGUGGAUGUGGAUUUCUUUUUAACUACUAUGUACUUUUUUCCUCCGCCAGACCUACAGAACCAUGUGGACCACAGAAUGCGGGUAUACCAGCUAUUGUACAAGGAACUAAUAGCAGAAUUGUUACAACAAGUGGAGAUAUUCAAGAAACGUGACCCCGAAUAGUAUCGUGAUGAUGAGACAGCGCCAGUACCAUUAAUGCAUGAUAGCGUGAGAUGGAAAAGCGAAUAAUUAUGUACAAAACAAAGAGAUAGCGGGAGACAAGCGGCCGUCCGUAAUCCAAAAUGGAGAGACGCAAAUGUGAGUGGCACGUCUCAUCGAGAUGAACGGAGAGCAUCAUAGUAUUCCUGGAGUUGUCCGAGAAAGCCUGUAUUGGGCUGUGCAGAACUAGAGCGACUGCGCACGAAGUCGACGGCCUCACGCACUGACCAGCCGUUAGCAGCCAUGAGAUAUGCGGCAAUAACACUCGCGCUUCGACUCAUCCCCUGCACGCAAUGGACAAGUACGCAACCGCGCUUACGUAGGGCGUCAUUGAUGAACGCGCUUGUUUGUGAGAGAUGCCCAGCCAGCUCCUCAAACGGUGUAUCACGUAUCGGUAUUUGGAGCGUCUUGGGACUGGGUCGACUCGUUCGUGGCAGGAUGACGUUUCCAGGCAUGACGCUUAGGACAUGCGUAAUGCCAUAAUAGUCGUGCGUCUUUGAGCUCUCUGCUGCGGAGAGAUCCGACAUGUAUAGUCCCGGUAUAAUCUCAGUGAUCAUCAUCUGUACGAACCGAGGGUUUCGCGAGAGGGGGACUAUGUGAUGGGUUGUGCAAGAUGCUGUACAGGCGG